GCACAUUAUUUUAAAGGCUGUCAACUGUUACUGUUGAAAAUUUCGAACUGUAACCAUAGUUUGGAAUUUGUUUUCUUUAAAAUUAGACAUAAAAGUCAAAUACAGCUUCAAAGAUGCGUGAAAUAGUACAUAUUCAGGCGGGUCAGUGCGGCAAUCAGAUUGGUGCCAAGUUUUGGGAAGUGAUAUCAGAUGAACAUGGAAUCGAUCCUACAGGAACGUACCACGGAGACUCUGAUUUACAAUUAGAGAGAAUCAACGUGUAUUACAAUGAAGCGACAGGAGGAAAAUACGUUCCCAGGGCAGUUUUGGUCGAUUUGGAACCAGGCACGAUGGACUCGGUCAGAUCCGGCCCUUUUGGACAGAUUUUCAGACCAGAUAAUUUUGUAUUCGGCCAGAGCGGCGCAGGAAACAAUUGGGCAAAAGGACACUAUACCGAGGGUGCAGAACUAGUAGAUUCAGUACUGGAUGUCGUAAGGAAAGAGGCAGAAGGAUGCGACUGUAUGCAAGGAUUUCAGCUGACGCAUUCCCUAGGCGGAGGAACAGGAUCAGGUUUAGGUACGCUACUUAUUUCGAAAAUUCGUGAAGAGUAUCCGGAUAGAAUAAUGAACACAUUCUCAGUCGUACCAUCUCCCAAGGUAUCAGACACAGUAGUAGAACCGUACAAUGCGACAUUAUCCGUGCAUCAGCUAGUAGAGAACACAGACGAAACCUACUGCAUCGACAACGAAGCACUCUACGAUAUUUGCUUUAGAACGCUGAAACUGACUACGCCUACUUAUGGAGAUCUGAAUCACUUGGUGUCGGCGACAAUGUCCGGAGUAACCACGUGCCUCAGGUUCCCCGGACAGUUGAACUCCGAUUUGAGAAAACUAGCUGUCAACAUGGUGCCUUUCCCCCGUCUGCACUUUUUCAUGCCAGGCUUCGCCCCGUUGACAUCCAGAGGCAGCCAACAAUACAGAGCUCUGACGGUACCCGAGCUGGUACUGCAAAUGUUCGAUGCUAAGAAUAUGAUGGCCGCUUGCGAUCCCAGGCACGGAAGAUACUUGACGGUGGCCGCCAUCUUCAGGGGGCGCAUGUCCAUGAAGGAGGUCGACGAACAGAUGCUGAACAUUCAGAACAAGAACAGCAGCUAUUUCGUAGAAUGGAUCCCGAACAACGUAAAGACUGCCGUGUGCGACAUUCCGCCGCGCGGCCUCAAAAUGUCCUCGACUUUCAUAGGAAACUCCACAUGCAUCCAGGAGUUGUUCAAGAGGAUAUCCGAGCAAUUCACGGCCAUGUUCAGAAGGAAAGCGUUCUUACAUUGGUACACCGGCGAAGGCAUGGACGAGAUGGAGUUCACAGAGGCUGAGUCGAACAUGAACGAUCUGGUGUCGGAGUACCAACAGUAUCAGGACGCGACCGCAGAAGAGGAGGGCGAAUUUGACGAGGAGGAAGAGGGAGACGAAGGGGAAAACUGAUCCAGACUGAUCGAUGCCUAGCGUCAACAACUUAUUUUGACUCUAAGCUCCAUUCAACUCAAAAAUUUGUCUAUUAUAGAGGGUACUUCCCGCGAGUAUAUACCGUUUUCCGAUUUGAAAUAAAUAUCUUUAAAAAUAA